CUGCGCCGCCAUGGACAGGAGAGCAACGUCGCCUUCCCUACCGUGAGAUCAGUCCUUCCUUGAUGUGUGUGUGGUUGAAAAACGGGGUAAUAUACACAUGGAGGGAGGAAAAGAGGGAAAAUAUGCAACACGCCCAGCGCCGCCCCUUCAGCAGAGUACAGACAAACCGCCCUCCUGAAAGACCUGCACAGCCAGCAACCUCCGCACCUGACGAUGAAGCCAACAGCAGCCAGAACCCUGUACAGCGCCACACUCUACCUGCAGUGGCUGAAGGCAGGAGUGGGUGUGCUUGCUACCUGCCAGGACCCAGGUGGUAUACCAGAACGCCUCGAGAAACUGUACGCUGAUAGACAAUGGAAGCAGGACGACUUUUUGAUGACUCUUAGAAAAUGGGAGAUGAAGAUGACCCCUGGCUGCCUCCGCCCCCCCUCAUCACCACCUCCUCGAGUCCUCCACCACCACCACCAACAACAACAACAGAAAGAUCAGCUCAAACAUUGUCUUCAUCAUCAUCAUCAUCAUCAUCGACAUCAUCAUCAUCACCAGACUCCAUACAAAAAGGACGUUAGAGUGUUGGUGAUAAAACAAGAGGAUGAGGAGGAGGAAGCGGUGGGGGAAGGGGGGACAAGACCACGUGUACUUCAGUCUUCCUUGAGCCAGUGUAGAGGGUGGCUGUGUCUUUCCACCCCCACCACCAACACCAACACCCCCUCCGCUCUCCCCGCCCCACCCCAACACCCCCAUAGAUCAAGAAGGGGUUGGGGGCGAAGGAAAAGUGUGAGGGUAGGAAGGGCAAGGGUCGUCAAGUUGGGGCUAUUGUCUUCCCCAUCACCUCCCCUUCGUCAUAUCUCCUCUUCCUCCUAUUUGCGCAAGGGUAAGGGGAGAGGGCAGAGGAGGAGGGGAAGAGGGAGAGGAAGGGGGAGGAAGAGAGUGCAUGAGGAAGAGGAAGUGGAGCAGAGGGAAAGUGAUAAGAGGAGGAAAGAGGAAAGAAGGGACAAUGGCGGCAGUGUGGUGAAUGAUGACACAAAACGGAUAGAAAAAUAAUGGAACAAGUCAGUCAUAUACUCGUCCAGGACCUGUAGAGCGAAUGCGUGAGAUCACGUGUUACCUGCUGACUCAGCGUCUCGGCCUGCUGACUACUGCAAGUCAGACAGUGUUGUGGCCUGUGGGCGACAUACAGGAAGCUGACACCCGUUACCAAGGCGUUUGAGUGCCCGGGGACAAGUGAUUCAGUUGAAGCGGCGGCUGAUGUCACGCAGAAGAAUUCAUUUUCCGUGCUGUUUUGUUAAUUCGGGCCCCGUGCAAACCGGCAUACAUAUAUACCCGUACGUAGAUUUCAGUGACAACGAAAAUGGCAGAAAAGACAUGGGAAGAAAUUAGUCUGAUAAAGGGCAAGUAUAGGCUAAAGAAAGAAAAGAGGUAGCGGAAAAGGACAAUGAGCUGACUGAACGAAACAAAGUAAGCUAAUAAUGAGUAACCAGUGAAGUGAAAAAAAAAAGUAAAGAAAACUAAUAAACAUGGAAAAAAAAGUUAAAACAAGAAAGAAGGCAAGGCGGUACAAAUAAAAAUAAUAUAUAUGAAGAAACAAGAGACUGAUUGACAUAACAGAAAACAAAUAAUGAAAGACGAACUCAGCCAAGCAGCAAAUAAACCAACAAAUCAAAUGAAAAUAAGAAACAGACUAAAAAAAAUAUAGAAAAUAAACGAAAUAAAGACCCCCCCGUGUUAAUAUACUAGAUAAAAGAUUGACAAUAAAUAGAAAACAACCUAAAUAGUCUCGUGUUGAAAUAUAACCACUUAAAUACAGACAAUAAAGAGAAGAUAAUCAAGAUAAAGUUAGUCCUGUGGCCGUCUUGAGCUCCCACCAUGAACUGCGGGGUAUGCCACGGGGUGUUCGGCAGGGACGGGCGGGACCCCCUUAUGCUGCCCGCCUGUGGCCACUCCCUCUGCCGCCCCUGCCUCGCCCUGCUCACCAUGCACAGGGGCUUCCGCUGUCCCAUCUGCAGAGAGAAGCAGCCGCAUGUGGAUUUGUCGUCCCUGCAUCCAAACCACGCUCUGCUGGAGGUCCUGGCUGCCCUAAAGGAAGAAAACGGGCGACAGGUGAGGAAAACAGGAAAGGAAGACAGCAAUGGGAACAAGAACAGCAACAACAGCAGCAGUAAGGAGAACUACAACAACGAUAAGAGCAAGGAGAGCGUGUGUAUGGAGCACGGCGGGGCAAGGCUGGCUUACUGGUGCGGGGCCUGCGAUGUGGCGGCCUGCGGGGAGUGUGUGCUGGAGGGCCACGCGGGGGGCGGCGAGGAAGGCGGGAGAGGGAAGAACCACGAGGCUAAAAGAUUUGACGCCGCUCUGAGGGAGAAAAGAAACGCCCUGCUAACCAUUGUAGAGGAAGUUACGGAGUCUGUUGAAAGAGCCGAGGAGCGCUCCGAAGACGGGUCCCAAAACGGCUUCGUCAGGCUGGCCAGGCGGCUGCUCGCGGACAUCGACGCCGCUAUUGGCAAGCUGCGGCUGGCGAGCUCCUUCCUCGCGUGCCAGGUCCAGGACCGCGAGGACGAGGCCGCCAACCUGGGGCGUCUGCGUCAGGAGAUGGACGAACUGCUGUGCCAAGUCCCGCCGGCGUCAACGUCACCGGCAGUAACGGCGAGUCUGGCGGAGCUGCGAGCCGUGGUGGAGUAUCUCAAGGAGGUAGAAAAGUUCCGUGAAGGUCCCGUGAAAAACAUGCUGAAGGAGAGAACCUCGCGGGGGGCGGCGGCGAAGGAGCCCCACGCGUCCCUCGCCCCCGCUGUCGCUGCCUCCGCCGCCAUCAACGCCCACGCCGCGGCCCUCUGCAGGAAGGUGGCUUGCAGUGGCAGGGAGGGGCGGUGGGUGGAGGUGGUGGGCAGUGGCGGCGGGCGGGUAGGGAGGGUGAGCUGGAGAAACCACUAUCACAGCCUCCUCAUGCCCCCCACCCACCACCAAGGCUUCCACAUCCACUGUCUCCACCGCCCCCUCUCACCCCGACCUUCCCCAACACAUCCCUCCCGCCGCCACCGACUCAAGUGGACGACGGUUCAGACGAUGAUGCCCGAAGUAAGGAAGGUGUUCCUGGUGGUGGCGUGGGGGCGGGAGCCGGAGGAGAAAUGGAUGUACUUCACGCUCCACCCCUUCUCCACCUCGCCACACCGCUUCUUCAUCAGUCUUCUCCUUGGUGAUGAUGUUGGUGAUUCUUCUCUGCUUGGACCACUCUUUACGACAGUGGAGGAGGUGGUGGCAGGGACAGGUGUGAAGGGGAUAUGCCUGGGCACAUACUACCACUACAGGAGGGAAGACCAGGAGGGGAGGGACAAGGAGGAGGAGCACAGAAGUGAGAGCAAGGCAGAGAAUGCUGGGGAAGACGAGGCUACGGAAUCUACAACUGGACAGUCCUCUUUGCCGUGUCUCCCUUCAGCCGGUGAUGUUGUGUGUGUGAGGGAGGAGAGGGAAGAGGACAACAAAGAGGCGGAUAGUGAGGGUUACUUACAGUUCUGGCUGGUUACAGAGGGGUGGAGGAAGAGCACUUUCAGCACCUCCCCUGUGGAUGGUGUGGCCAGGGUGGAGGUGGUGGGGAGUCUGUUACCCGUCUACCACCACCACCAGCCUCUCCUGGGUAAGUUGCCGGGGUUGGUGGGGGUGAGGGUGGAGGACUGUGGUGUUGUUUUACCCUGUGAUGAUGAGGGGGAGGGGGUGGGGACUAACACACACCAUCACCCCCACCCCCCACCCCAACCUGCCCUCAGAUCCAGGGGUGUCCAGACUGAGGAGGAGAGGGAGGGGCUGAGUGUGUUGGGGGUGGUGAGGAGGACAAGACCAGACACCCACUCCCCACUCCUGUCACUGAGGCCAAUGGGGAGUGGGAAGACGAAUGGUGAGGUUGAUGGAGCAAGGAUUGGGGAGAUAAAAGACAGUAACAAGGAAGAUGAAGAGGAAGAAUUCGCAUGUGUAGAUUGGUUCACUGACUGGAAAGAUCUCUUGGGUCGUGAAGUUCCAGAAUGCCCGAGACGACCCAAAAAGGUGUUGAAGUUACGCAGAUUUAGGUAGUAGGGGGACAGAGUCUCAGUGAAUUCUACAUACAUAUUUACUUGCAACAAUACAAUAAGGUCAGGUUGGACAGUAUAUAUUUACAUCUUAUAGGUAUGCCAAGUAUCCAUAUAUUUACAUAAUGAAGUGUAGCCUCAGCAGUAUAGUAUAAAAAAUGCCAUUGAAAUUUCUGUAAGACCAGCCAGUCACUUCCCUAGGUUGUGUGGGCCAUGGAUAAGCCCGGGUACAUGUUGCAACACAGGAAACAGGAGUGAUGCAAAACAGAGCAGGGCAGAAAACAGUGCACCAUCAGUUUAAAUGUAAGAGCACUCAUUGGCACACAUGGAAGCACAGUUAAAAUGCAGGCCUGUGUCUAGCAGUGGGAGGGCGGCAAAGGAAGUUAUUGAGGGAUAGAUGGGUAGCGAGAGAUAGUCGUGACUUGCUCAGGGAGAAGAAAUUUUGCUGGGAACAGAAGGGGACCCAGAGAUGACGGACCUGUGACUGGCUCAGGGAGAAGGAAGUUAGGGGGGACAGGGGGGCCAGAGAUUGAAGGGUUUCCCAAUUUGUAUGCACUUCCAAUUAUUAUUCACAUUAGAAGGGAUGAAAAAAAUGUGAAAUUGAACCGAGGCAUAUAAAGGAAUGCUUCA